UGUAGUAUGAACAGCUGACAGGGCAGCUCCCAAGGUCCCAUACUACAUAUAUAAAGGGGACCUGAUAUUAGAGUGAGAGCUUCUCUGUGACUUGCCCUCUGACUUACACGAUGUAUACCCUCCAGGCUCUGUUUCUCUUGGCUGCAGGCCUCUCUGUUGCCCACUCAUUGGACUACAGGGCACUCAACCAGUUCAGAGCUAUGAUGCUGUGCGUGAUGCCUGAUAGCUGGCCUGUUUUUGACUACGCUGACUACGGCUGCUACUGCGGCAAGGGAGGCUCCGGCACACCUGUGGAUGAUCUGGAUAGGUGCUGCCAAGUGCAUGACCAGUGUUACAGUGACGCUAUGCAGCACCCUGAGUGCUGGCCCAUCUUCGACAAUCCGUACACCGAGUUCUAUGACUACAGCUGUGACGAGAAAAACAAGAAGGUCACCUGUGGCAACAAAAACACCGAAUGUGAGAUGUUCAUCUGUGAGUGUGACAGGAAGGCCGCAGAAUGUUUCGCCGUUUCACCUUGGAACCCUGAGCACGAGCACCUGCCCGGCGAACACUGUUAGUAAAGACCAAGCAACUGCAUCAAAUAAAAAAUGUAUCCUUCAACAUGACAAAUCCAUUUUUUUUGUUAGUUUUCACAAGUGACAGAUCAAUUUGUUGAAGAUCCUUGGUGUAUUAGAAAUAUUUACUUAUACCUUAUACAUUCACACACAGUGUCAUGAUUUCUGUAUGGGAGUAGCUAUCCACCAUUCCCUCCAUAUGCUGAAUUACUCUUGUAGUGUUUGUAAUUGCAAAGUUAUCCUGAUAAUAAAUACAGUUUGAUCUCUCA